ACUGAACACUCACUUUGUUCCACGAGAUCUUCCUCGCUAUUCUGGAAGCUAACAGAAUCAUUCGAAUCCAUCGCGCGUGAUGUUUUUGUAAACAAAUUAACAUAACCUCAAAAAUUCGAGAGAAAAAGUAAAAAUUGUGCAGGAAGUUUAUUUCAAAUUUCGCGGUGAAAGAAAGCAAAGAAAAAUAACAAAAUCAUGCUGGGAAGAAGCUCAAGAUGUUCCUGGAUCAUAUCCCAAAGAUUUAUGGCAACGUCGGUGGCUGUAAAUCCCGAAAAAGCCAAGAGAAUCCCAAUAGUAACCUGCAAGAGGAAGGAAUUUGAUUUGUACUUUGGGGAAGGAAGUGUGCUGAAAGAAGAUGCAGCAUUUGGUAGUAUUCCGCUGGCUUCCACGGGGUGGCAUCACUACAAAUCCAAAGGUGACUUCUUCCAGAUUCAUCCAUUCUACUUUAGUGACAAAUGGAGGUUGAGUUCAGCGGAAGUUAGCUUCGAUAAGUUGGGUAUUCGGAGUGAACUAAUAAAAUCAGCGGAGGAAUUUUACAGAAUAACACAGCCAAGUUUGAUUCAGGAAGUUGCUAUUCCUGACAUUCUCAAGGGAUAUCAUACAACGAUUGCAGCAGAAACAGGAUGUGGGAAGACGAUGGCGUAUCUUCUGCCGAUUAUUGAGCAAAUUCUAAGGAGGAAUCAGAAUCCCCCAAAAGCAAGGAACUUCAACACUCCUUUAGCACUCAUCCUCAGUCCUAGCAGGGAAUUAACGUGCCAGAUUGGUGAAGUAGCUGAGAAGCUAUGUGAGCCACACAAUCUUCGUGUAAAAGUCGUUCUUGGAGGAAGUACAAAGCAGCAAAUUAUGAAUCCUGCCUUUGAAGACGUGGACAUCCUUGUGGGAACAUUGGGUGUUGUAAAUAAGUUAACUGGUGCCCAAAUUUAUCGCAUGGGAUCCGUGAGGCAUGUGGUGCUGGAUGAAGCAGAUACCCUUCUGGAUGAUAGUUUCUCAGAAAAACUAUCCUCCUUCCUUCGAAGAUUUCCGUUUCAUAAAAAUCUCACCAGUGAGACGGGAGUUCAAUUGGUCAUGGUAUCAGCCACAAUCCCCCUCAAUCGCGACGACAUGCUAACGAAGAUCAUAGAUGUUUCCACGGUGAAGGACAUCCGGACGCCCAAUUUGCACAAACUCGUCCCCAAUGUCCCGCAGAAAUUUAUGCGAAUGAGUAAAAUCAACAGGCCCCCGAAUUUACUCAACAUCGUCAAGUCAAACCUCAAGCAAGCCAACUCCGUUAUGAUCUUCGGCAAUAAGACCCCCACAGUGGACUACAUUUCACUCUUCCUCAAAGAAUCCGGAGUGGAGUGCAUCAAUCUCAAUUCCGACAUGCCAAUGCCCAUUCGUGUGGAUCAAUUUGAACGCUUCCGCAGGGGAGAAGUUAAAGUUCUCUCCACGACGGAUAUGGGAAGUCGCGGUUUGGACACCAGGCACGUCUCCCAAGUCAUCAACUUUGACUUUCCCCUCCACAUGGCGGACUAUAUUCACAGAUGUGGUCGCACAGGGCGACUCGGUGGUGUGCAGAAUUGUAGCAUAACGAAUUUCGUGUCCAGCAUGAGGGAACUGAAGAUUGUGCAGGAAAUUGAGCAUGCAGCAAGGACGAGGACUGUCUUGCCCAAUGUUGAUGGGAACAUAACGAACAUCAUCAGGAGGAAGAUUAUUAGAAAUAUACGGAGGGAUUAGUUUAGUGAUUUCUGAUAUGAGAUAGCGAAUAAAAUGCUGCAGUUUUUAAAAUGUGA